AGACUCCGAGUUGCAGAGUGGGAGGAGAAGUAAGCAAAUAGCCCCGUGUAUUCACACUGAAUCUCUGCUAGCCCACACUUGUCUACUGCCUUUCUGAAUGAUGAUUCCAAAUCUCUGGCAGGACCAAUAGCAGGAGACUGCUUGCUGCUGUAUUCACUAAUGACAAAAGGGCAGUUAGUGGUGCCACAGCCCAGCCUGCAGCUUUGUGACCAGGACUACAGUGAUGAGAGGCUAGCAAAGCUCUAGCAAAUAGCUGGCACAACAGAGCAGUUUUAUCCCACUGACCAGCAAUAAUGAAACAUGAAGACAUUCAGAGGGUGCUGGUCAUUUUCCUGGGUGUUUUCUCUGGCUAUGGAGUCUCUCAGGAUUUUGCAAAUUCCGUGCACAGCCCAGUAAACCAGCAGUCUACAGGGUACAGUCUUUGCUCAGAUGGUAUAGAUUCACUAGGCUAUUAUAAUGGCACUAUUGCAGUAACAGAGACUGGGUCAGAGUGCUUAAAUUGGGAGGAGUUCCCUGAUUACAUGCAGCAAUACCCCGGGCGAGGUCUAGGAGACCACAAUCACUGCAGGAAUCCUGAUGGAGGAGUCACGCCAUGGUGCUUUUUUCGGAAAGGUUCAGGAGUAAUAAGCUGGGCUCACUGUGACUGCAGCCAAGGUGCUGUUCGACUAGUGGGUGAUCUGUCAACAAAUCAAGGAUUGGUAGAACUGUACUUAAAUGGGCAAUGGGGAACCAUCUGUGGGGAACAGUGGACAGACUGGGAUGCCAGUGUGGUCUGCAGACAACUUGGUGUCAGUGAAAUUGCUACAGCACUGACUAGUACCAGCUCAGAUUCAUGGCUGGCCCCUGAACAUCUUCAAGCAGCAAACUGCAGAGGUAACGAGAAGGCUCUACUACACUGCCACUAUAGCCAGUCUCCGGGCCAUCAAUGCAGCCACGGACUCAUAGCAGCUGUUUCCUGCUCUUCUCCUAAAGAUUUACAGACUCCGCUUAGGUUGGUAGGAGGAAAGGAGCGAUACGAGGGACGUGUUGAAGUGUUCCAUGAAGGCAGGUGGGGGACCAUAUGUGAUGAUCAUUGGGAUGACAAGGAUGCUGAAGUCAUCUGCAGGCAACUUGGAUUCAGUGGGAAGUCAAAGGCCUGGGUUUGGGCUCACUAUGGACAGGGCACUGGGCCUAUCUUGCUUGAUGAAGUUCACUGCAUAGGAAAUGAAUCAACUCUUGACUUGUGUGAGAAGAGCAAGUGGGAGCAUCACAACUGUGAUCACAUUGAAGAUGCUGGGGUUUCCUGUGACACUUUUACAGAUGGUUCACUCAGAUUAUCAGGAGGUAGCAGGCCUGGUGAAGGGCGAGUGGAAGUAUACUACGAUGGAGAAUGGGGCUCAGUGUGUGAUGAUGGAUGGACAGAACUAAAUGCCCAAGUUGUGUGCAGGCAGCUGGGAUUUAGUGGUCCUUCUAGCUUGUCUUCCAAAGGGGAAUUUGGAUUCGGAGAAGGCUUCAUCUUUUUGGAUGAUGUGACUUGCAUGGGAGAAGAAUUCUCACUUUUGGACUGUCCUCACAGCAGCUGGGGCCAGCAUGACUGCUCUCAUUCUGAGGAUGUCGGAGUUCAAUGUUCAAAUGAAAGCAAUGAUAUUAUUGCCAUACCCCCUGGGCCUCCUGUGCGCUUAAUGGAUGGAGAAAGCACCAAGGAAGGAAGAGUGGAGGUCUUUUUAAAUGGAGAAUGGGGCAGCGUGUGUGAUGAUGGCUGGACAGAUGAUGACGCAGCUGUGGUUUGCAGACAGCUUGGGCACAGAGGUCCUGCCAAGGCAAGAACAAUGGCCUAUUUCGGUGAAGGACAAGGGCCCAUUCACCUGGAUAAUGUAGAGUGUAGCGGCUCUGAGAAUACCCUGGCAGAAUGCAGUAAACAGGACAGUGGAAUACACAAUUGCUGGCACAAUGAGGAUGCUGGAGUUAUUUGUGACUAUAAAGAAAAAAGAGACAACCAAGUGAAGGCGAAAGGUGGAGUAUCCUCUGUGUGUGGCAUUAGCCUUGUACCCCAUCGCAAGAAAAGGAUUGUCGGUGGAACUAAAUCAGCAAGGGGCAGCUGGCCCUGGCAGGCUUCUCUGAGGCUGAAGGGAUUUCACAAAGAAACUCGCUUACUAUGUGGUGCAACCAUUAUCAACAACUGCUGGGCCCUCACUGCAGCUCACUGUUUUAAAAGAUUUGGAAAGCAAGUUCACCGCUACUUAUUACGAGUUGGAGAUUACCACACAGGAGUGGAGGAUGAGUUUGAGAGGGAACUUCCAGUGCAGAAGAUUGUUAUACAUAAGAAUUACCAGUCUAGUAGAAAUGACUAUGAUAUUGCUUUGGUCAGAGUGCAGGGCAAGGAGGGCCACUGUUUGUCAUUCAGUCUCCAUGUCCUACCAAUAUGUCUCCCAGAAAAGAAGGAAAGAACCAACAGCUGGCAGCCAUGCUUUAUUUCUGGUUGGGGAGACACAGGCACGUCCUAUUCAAGGACACUUUUGCAAGGAGCAGUAUCUCUUCUUCCCAAGGACGCCUGUAUCUUGCGCUAUAAAGGGAAAUUUACUAGCCGCAUGGUAUGUGCUGGGACAUUGUUUGAAGACAGACUUGUAGACAGCUGUCAGGGAGACAGUGGAGGUCCUCUCAUGUGCCAGAGGUCAAACGGACAAUGGAUAAUUGUAGGAAUAACUUCUUGGGGUUAUGGGUGUGGAAGAAAGGGUUAUCCUGGUGUUUAUACAAAGGUCAGCAAAUUUACCCCCUGGAUUAAAAAAGUGACAAAACUUAAAUGAAGAAAAACAUUCUUGUAAAAUGCAUUAUAAGUAUUAUGAGUGGUACCACGGGGAUAUCUGUUCCUCGGCACACUAUGAACAUCUGCAUUAAUACGUUCCAAAAAUGUGAAAUGUCAUUUUCCAGGUUACUGUUGCAUUAUUCAUGGCUUGGAACUGAAAAUGUAAGUCUUAGUCAAUCACUAAUGUCUCUAAAAGCAGAAAAAAAGCUUUGGUAAAAAUAGCAUACAUGUAUUUCCAAAAAAGUUACUUGUUUUUCUGAACACAAACCCAAGGACAAAACUUCCAAAACAAAACAGACCCAACACUGGCAUGUUUAUUAUUAUUGCUAUCAUGCAGUGCUGGGAUUCCAACCAUGACUUGCUACAAGGAAUUUGAUUUGUUUGGAAGAUGUUUGUGGCUUUCCACAGGAGGCUCUGGUUAAUCCCACAUUCCAAGAUCCUACUGACUGGCUGAUCAGCUUCGGCAAUUGACCUUAGUGUAUGGAGGGCAGCCAUGAGAAUAGUACAGGUGGAACAGCAGUAGGGGGCCCUGUCAUUGUUGGAGCCUUGAGGAAAAAAUCGGAUUUCCGAUUGCAGCCCUAAGUGGUGCAUCUGCGUGAGGACAACUGGACUGCAAGAUCCGCUUGGACAAAGACAAACAAAUGUUAAACCUUCUCGGUUAAGUGCCGCAGGAUAUGCCAGUACUAUAGAGAUAACAUGAUAAUAAGAGUAAGGAAACUAUGUCAUUGUGUAUAAUAUAUGAAGAAUAUGAUGUACGUAUGCUGUAACUUGCUUUUACAUAUCUAAAAUGUGUUGUUUUUGUGAAGGUCUCACUGUUCGGAGCUUGCUAAUGUACAAUAACAGCAUUGGACACUGGUAGUUUCAGAAGUAAAAAAAUUGGAAUGAGAAAUAUUCUAAAAACCAAGUGCUCACAUUACCCUGUUUAACCUCACUGUUGGCUGUGCCUUUUCAUUUUGGUAUAUAUAUAUA